UCGCGCCGCUCGCAGUUUCCCGAAGCUUGGACCACUUCACAACAUUCCACGUGAUUCAGACCGAUAGCUGUCGCCAAUUGGGCCUGGUCGAUCGACAUACGAAUACUAGACGAACUGUGCAUUUCGCUCACUGUGGAAAUCGCGAUCUCUCUGGAUGGACGAUGUUUCAGACUGGCAGUUGAGUCCAUGGUAUCCUCUAGAAGAAAGAAAAGCUCAAGGAUGCACGAGAGGAACAUCAAACAAACCCCAGCAAGCAAACUGUUUUGUUUCCGUGACCUCAUAAUUUUCAACGUUGCACUUUUUAGGUUGGGAUCAGAAACGCACAGUCAUUUCAAGCAGAUCUCGCACUCACUGCCCUUGCAUGCAUCAUCGGCCCAAUCCAGACCGGCAUGUUCCAGCCCUCCAGACGAUCAGGUAUCAAAUUAUGCACCUGCCCUCCAGGCAAUUACGCAUCAUGUCGAUGGUCGCCCUCUGUCCUCCCCACGAUGCGAGUUGUCUAUCACGAACGGUAACAAGAGCCUAUGUGCUACGGUGAUGACAGUCGGCUUUGAACGGGCAAACCACCAGGUGGUUCUAAAUGGGGUGAUGACGGGGCCACGCUGCCACAAUACGAAUACCACACCUCUCUUUGUUGGUGGAUCGAAACUUUCUCAUUUAUAUAUGCAACUAUCGAGUUCAGGCGCACACAACGGCAACAAUGGAACGUGUGGAAAGGCCCGGUCCGGGCACUGGAUGAUGGGGUUGCAGGCAGAGAGAGGCACUGCAAGCAGAGUUGGACACGUUCCAAGUUGGCGGGGCCUUGGGAAUGUGGCGGGAUGUGGACUGCUCAGCUUGGAGAACGAGGGGACGUGAAAGGCCGCACGGCCUUGCUGCGGAAUGGCGGGGAAAGUGAAAUGAAAGCUUGCUGCAUCUCUCACUCUCACCCCUCCCUCGUCUUUGAUGGUUACAGAGAAUAAGUGGGUGGGUUGUUGGAGUGCAGGACGCGCUUUCCAUCUCUUUUGUUCGUUGAUAAAUUCUGAGACCGGGGGGAAGGGGGCACGGGACUUGGGGUGGGCGGCGCAUGGACAGG